AUGUCCCUGCUCACCACGAAGGAAAUCGAUUUCAGGGGUACAUCUGAUGCAAGGUUUUUGGCGACUGCUGAAGCGGAUCUGAUUGUGUCGCACCUGAGCCAUCAAGACACUGCGCCCCAAAGGCGACUUCCCAGCUCCAGCUUCACCGAGAAGUACCAGGGCAGAGGUAUCGAAAUCCCACACCUUUUCGAAGAUGUCCAGAACCCAAGUAUGGUAGAAGGUGCUCGUGAAUGGACUAGGCCACUCCUCAAUCUUUUUAGCCAAGGCUCCGUCAGUAGCGAGAUUGCGAAGGGCUUUCUCAACGAGACUGUUCGGCCAGUUGAAGAUUGGAGAGCUUGUAUUCUUGAUUGCUUUCGUCAUCCACCUCAACUGUUGCAUUUCGCUAGAGGAACGAGGGCCUUCCGUGGCAAUGUAGUCAAACCCCGCAUCCACCUCCUCGUCCGUCUUGUCCUCAAAGCGGGUAUUGGUAUUCUUCGCGGCAGAGAAGGUUUGGAGGUCAAAGACUUUGAAUUGAUAGCACCCCAAGUUCUCAAGGGUGUAUUGGAGGAUCUUUUUGCCUACCUUGGGAUUUGCCGCCCGCCAUCUGUAGAUGUGAGCCUUGCCGUAUACGGAGGCCAAGAAGAAGCAGGCUUUGCACUUGCUGGCGAAGACGAAAUGCUUGAUGAUGUAGUGUUUCUCAUCCGAAGUGGGAACGAUGAAGAUCUGCAAUUUGGUAUCCUUUGGGACAGACUGUCGUGGACAAAACGGAGGCAAGUGCGCUCGGCUGAGGUCUUGGACGAAGAGGAGGUCACCUACAGUUGGCGACGGCGUCCAGCUCCAGAGGCAGAGCCGGCGAAGGUCGAGAAGCCUCCCAUGCCGGAGCCGGAUCUUGCACCCGAGCCGCGGCGUCACGCGCGGACAGCAAGAGAAGCAGGUUCUGCAGAACCUCAGCCGGAUCCUGCGCCCGCUCCAGGCGUGGGCAGCAGCAGUCAUCCGUCAGCCGGAUACGGCAAAGGUGUCCUGGCCUUGGCGAAGCUUGAGACUGCAAAGGCAUCUGCUCCUUCCCCGCCCUCUGCUCCAACGAAGAUUGACUUGGAGACGGCGGCGAGCCGGUUUCCAGAGCCACUGCAGCGGGAGUGGGUUUGCAGCCAGGUACAGCUGGUUACCUACGACGGCAGCGCGCCGUCGAUUCGACCCGGGCGCCUCUGCGUCAGCACAGGUGACGAGCCGACUGCUCCCAGCUGGCUGCUGGGCUGGCUGAAGGGCAAAUGCUCUGCAGCCAUCGCCAGCCUUUACGCCCAGAGCUGGUUGCAGUCUGAGCUGAAAUGGGAGAAGGAGGCGGCAAAGACUGCCGCGCCCUCCCCCCUCGCCGCCGUGGCAGGUCUGAUUGGCGAUCCCACGCAGAUUUCGGAGGCGCUGCACUUACCUCCGAAUGAGGCGGCAGCCCAGGCCGUGCUUAGCAUCCUCCGGGCUGCCAAGAAGGAGGCUGGAGAGAUGCUGGUGUCGGAGGUCGAGGUAGCCUUGACAAAGCUUGAGACAGAAAGCCUCGUCUCGCCGGAAGCUUACCUUUCUGCCGCCUUGGCCCGGGAAAUUCUCCGAUACGCCUGCUGCCAACAGCCGGAGGAAGAGCAGCUUCUUGGCGAGGUUUAG